UCCCCGAGACCCACUUGACAGAUACGUGUGCAUGUCAUCAUCAUCGCAAACUACACACUAAUACCUCAUUUUGUGCACAUAUAUAACUAGAAAUAUCCCUAAUAUUCUAGACGAGUGUGUCGAGAUAUUUCUUGCUGCUCUAUUUACUCAUUCUCUUCCCGCAUCAAGUUGUGGUGCUACCAGAGUCCCUCAGCCAUGGAGUCGACGGACCAGGAACCCUCGGCCCCGCAGCUGGCCGCCCCACAUCCUGGACAGGACCACACAGAGCUUGAAGUCGAUUCUGAGGAGAACGAUUCGGCGUAUGCGGAAUCAACACGCUCAAGCUUUAUGACCUCUAUUGCGUCAAGCGUUACUAGAGGCAUAUUCGAAAAUGGCCGAAGAUAUCAUUCGUAUGGGGAAUCCCAAUACGCUUUUCCCAAUGACGAACGUGAGCUUGAGAGAUUAGACAUGCAGCAUACCAUGCAAACUAUGUUGCUCAACGGCAAGCUGUUUUGGAGUCCGAUUGGGCCAUCCCCGCAGAGAAUACUCGACCUGGGUACUGGGACAGGAAUAUGGGCUCUUGAGGUGGCGGACCUGUACCCCUCCGCGGAGGUAAUCGGCACAGACGUCAGCGCUAUACAACCAGAUUGGGUAGGACCAAAUUGUUCCUUCGAAAUUGAUGAUGCGGAACAGGAUUGGUUGUACGAACCCAACUCUUUUGAUUUCAUUCACAAUCGCAACUUCGUCUGCGCUAUCCGGAACUGGGAGCGUCUUGUUGGACAGGCAUUCCGCCACGUGAAGCCAGGCGGGUGGGUCGAGUGGCAUGAGAAACACCCCCUAUUUCUCAGCGACGAUGGUUCUUUAAAAGAAGAUUGCGCAAUUGCCAAAUGGGGCACAACGUUCUUUGAGGCUGCAGAAAUUUUUGGGACUUCUGCAACCUCUCCCAGGAAUCUAAAACGCUUGAUGAUUGAUGCUGGGUUUGUUGAUGUUGAGGAGCACAUCUUAAAGCUUCCUGUUGGGCCCUGGCCUAAAGAUAAGAGGCUCAAGAAUGUAGGACUGUUCGAAAUGGUAAACAUGGAUGAGGGCUUGGAAAGUCUGAGCUUGAUGCUCUUUACUAGAGCACUAAAAUGGACCCGAGAAGAAGUCUUGAUGUUUCUUAUGGAGGUAAGGAAGGCCACCAAAGACAAAUCAAUUCACAGUUAUUAUCAUUUUUAUGUGGUCUUUGGUCGUAAACCAGAGACGACGCACUCGGUUUAAUGUACAAGUUAAAAAGAGUAAUUACAUGCCAGUACAUAUAGUUGAGAGAGGAACAGUGAACAGUCUAGAUUGACUCCUUUCUUUUUCACCAUCUGCUCCACGCCGCCAUAAUUGUUUCGUCUACCCCAAACCUGAAUCCUUCAUCGAAACCCAACAAUAUCCGAGCCUCAAGCACAUAGAGAUCCUCAUAUAUCCACAAUAUCUCCUUGUUUUCAUGCCGACUUUCGAGAGCCGAAAAUCGAAUUGGUCGGGGGUCCUCCUACAUGACUGCGACUUGUUUUAUGAUAAAAGAAUCCUAACUCGACUACUUCUACAUGGGUGUUGCAAGGAUGAUUUAAUGAAUAUGGAUUUGCAAGUCAACAUCUCACAGGUCAUCUUCGUACUGCUCAGUUAUUGCUGGCGUCCCCUUCUCGUCACCACGGCCCCCUCUCACCACCAGGAAGUCUCGUCACCGGCGGUACUCUCCCUCUAUCACAGUUAACCGCCAAUGCAACAGAACUGGGUCUAAUACUCUCAAAUCUCAUCCUCCAC